AUGAUGGAAUUUCGGUCUCAGAAAGUGUUUGACUCUCCCUAUCUAAAACCACAAACCAAAGCCUAAAAAACUCAUUAUUUCCAUCCAGCCUUCCUAGUCGCCACCUCUAUUGCAUGCUCUGCCUCAUCCUCUCCUCAUUGUCUCUCUGUCUCUCUCUGCACAAACCAUAAAAACGAAGCGAGAAGAGAGUGGCUGCACGAUUCACAGAAAAGGGCCAAGGAAUACCAACUUUCAUGGCAGUUGAAGCUCGUCAUAUGUACCUGUUCCCUUCUCAGUUAAUCACAAAUAGGGAUUUUGUCAAAUCUAAUCCGGGAAAAGCCGAUAUAUGUGGUGCCCUGAUGUUCUCUGGACUGCCUUUGGCUGGAACAAUGCCUGAAAUGCAACCGGGUUUUAACCAAUUAUCCGCAGAUUGCAAUCUGGUUUCUUCUCAAACUUUCAUGAAUAAGGCUGAUAGUGGGCUCUCCUACACCAUCCCUGAUCGGAGAAAGCGGCCCACGGAUUCGUUCAACGAGCUUAAUGCUUUGACAGUUCCUCAAAAGAGAUCCAAAGCAUCCGGGUUGUCGUCUUUUCUCGACCAUGACAUCAUCUUCCAGGCUCAGCAACAACAACAGGCAGAGAUCGAUCGGUUUUUUGCCCAAUAUGCAGAAAAAGUAAGUUCGAAACUUGAGGAGCAAAAAAGAAUGCUGUUGUCAGCAUGCCAGGAAAACUUCACGAAUAAAUUGAAAGAAAAAGACGAAGAAAUUCAGAGAAUGGGAAAGCUGAAUUGGGUCCUUCAAGAAAGAGUGAAAAGCCUGUGGUUAGAGAACCAGAUAUGGAGGGACUUGGCGCAAACAAACGAGGCCACGGCCAACAAUCUUCGCAGCGAUCUAGAGCAAGUGCUGGCCCACGUGAGCAAGGACAGCGACGCAGAGUCCAGCUGCGGGAGCAACGACAUGGGCCGGUGCGUGGUGGGGGAGGAAGGCAAUCAGGAGGAGGCGGAGACGGCGACGACGGUAAGAGAAAAGGCGGUGGUUGGUGGCGGGGGUGAUGGGCACAGCCACAGAAUAAUGUGUAGGCAGUGUAGGGCGAAGGAGUCAAGGGUGUUGCUGCUGCCAUGCAGGCAUCUAUGCCUCUGUACUACGUGUGGGUCCAGUCUUCGCAAUUGCCCAGUAUGUCAUUCUGCCAUCAAUGCUAGCGUCCAUGUCAAUUUCUCCUAGCUAGCUUGGGGACAAAAAUUUUAAAAAAAAAAGAAAAAAAAAAAACAAAGUGCAAAUACCUGUUAGAUGAAGGAAAAAAACAGUGACAAAUUACAGAAACAUUUUUGUAUCUUUGUUUCCGACUUUGGUAGAUAAUUUUGAUAUUUUUUUGUGAGUC